AUUUGUCUAAGUCUUUAGGAUUAGGUGAGGGUAAGAGUUGCCAUAAUAUCUCUAUAUAUAAUGUUCCACACUUCUUAGACUAUAUCCAUCCAUCUUCUAAAGCCUUAUACUACUACUUAGCAAAAUGGCACUUUCUUCUUCUAAAGUUUCACUAAACUUAUUUUGCUUUGUUUUGUUCAUGUUUUUUCUUAUAGAUGGUUCUUUUUCUCAACUAUCUGAAAAUUUCUAUGCUAAGAAGUGUCCCAAUGUUUUUAAGGCUGUAAACUCAGUUGUUCACUCUGCUGUUGCUAGAGAACCUCGUAUGGGAGGAUCUCUUCUUCGUCUCCAUUUUCAUGACUGCUUUGUCAAUGGUUGUGAUGGAUCAGUGCUACUUGAUGACACACCCUCUAAUAAAGGAGAGAAGACAGCACUUCCCAACAAAGAUUCUUUGAGAGGUUUUGAAGUAAUUGAUGCCAUAAAGUCUAAGGUGGAGUCAGUAUGCCCUGGUGUGGUCUCAUGUGCUGAUAUUGUAGCCAUUGCUGCUCGUGAUUCUGUUGUAAAUCUUGGGGGGCCUUUUUGGAAAGUUAAACUUGGAAGAAGGGAUUCAAAAACAGCCAGCCUCAAUGAUGCAAACAGUGGUGUAAUUCCACCUCCCUUUUCUACCCUUAACAACCUUAUCAAUAGGUUUAAAGCUCAAGGACUCUCUACUAAGGACAUGGUGGCCUUAUCUGGAGCUCACACAAUUGGAAAGGCAAGGUGUACCGUUUAUAGAGAUCGUAUUUACAAUGAUACAAAUAUUGAUAGUUUAUUUGCCAAGUCAAGGCAGAGGAAUUGUCCAAGGAAAAGUGGUACAAUAAAAGACAACAAUGUAGCUGUCCUAGACUUCAAAACACCAAACCAUUUUGAUAACUUAUACUACAAGAAUCUCAUCAACAAAAAGGGACUCCUUCAUUCUGAUCAAGAGCUUUUCAAUGGAGGGUCCACCGAUUCAUUGGUUAAAUCUUAUAGCAAUAAUCAAAAUGCAUUUGAAUCUGAUUUUGCUAUUGCAAUGAUUAAGAUGGGAAAUAACAAGCCUCUUACCGGAUCAAAUGGGGAGAUUAGGAAGCAAUGCAGGAGAGCCAAUUAACGAAAAUCUGGAUAGCACAUAUACUUCAGAUUGAAGGCAUGUUUAAUCUUUAGUGUUCAAAUCUAUGUGUCGGUAUUAGUGUUUCAUAAAAGGAAACUUUUAAAACAAAUCAAGUGUGUGUUUUUUUUCUUCUUCAAGUACAUAUACCCCAAAAGUGGUGGUAUUCUUUAGUUAAUUUAUAUGUUCUAUUGAUUUCUAGUGCCUUAUAAAAUUAUAUUGUUGCUUUUUAAAUUUUACCCAAGUUAAUGUAAUUUAAAUUGCAAAGCAGUGUUGUGACAAAAGUGUCACUUUAAGGACGUGUUUAUGUAGUAAUCACAUGAAUAAAUAUGAAUGUAUAUUUCAAUAUUGAAAAAAAUGAAUGAAUGAGUUUAAUUAAUAUAA